GAGCCCAGUAAAAGAUGGACAUAAAACAGUCACUGCUUGACACAGGCACAUGUUACCUCAUGAUGCCUUUCUUACUCCUUUGAAUUACUGUGCUGAGGGACAGGAAAAAGUAGGGGUUUGGUAGGAUGGGUGUGAGCUUUUUAUAGGCCACAAAAACAGCAGCAGAGCAGGUGGGGCCAGUAGCAUCCUUCCCCCCUCCCCACUUUGUAAUAGAUGUCACCUUUCCCAUUAUCCCCUCCUUUCAGCUUCACAAUGGCCUUUUCUAGAAAGACAGACUGGGCUUUGUUCACUUUACUGGAUCAACACCGACAGUCCCUCAGAGAAGCAGUAAGGGAACCUGGUGCUGACAAUCACAGCUGUGAGAUAUCCAGCUCUGAGAUUCUUAAAGCAAUCGAAAAUGUUAUUGAAGAGACUAUUACAAGCCUGUCCAGAAAUGAAGCACCUGUUCUCUUCUUGAAAAAUAGAUCUGACUGGGCAAAUAUACAGUUUGAAGACUGUGUAGGUUUGCAGAUGACAUCUAAAUGUACAAUAAGGAAAAUAAGAAGUGACUGUCCUAAAUCAGCAACAACAUACGCUCUGUUCCUUAAAAUGUUAGCUAUUAUUUACAAGCUGGUGCAGACAAACACUUAUGCAACGAAAAGAGACAUAUUUUACACUGAUACAAUACAUUUUGGUAACCAAAGAGUUGUGGACAACAUUAUUAAUGACAUUUCCUGCUUGCUCAAGAUACCUAGGAGGAGUCUACAUAUUUUGUCUACUAGUAAAGGCUGCAUUGCUGGUAAUUUAAGUUAUCUUGAAGAAGAUGGCACAAAAGUCAUCUGUACCUUCAGCACUACAGCAGCAGUACCAUCUAAUGUUGAAGGAAUGAGAAAUUUGAAAACAGAUGCAAAAUUUAUUCUAAUUGUAGAAAAAGAUGCAACCUUUCAGAGACUGCUGGAUGAUGAUUUCUGCAGUCAAAUGGCACCCUGCAUAAUGAUUACAGGGAAGGGUGUACCAGAUGUGAAUACAAGGCUGCUAGUCAGAAAACUGUGGGAUACUUGCUGUGUACCUAUCUUUGCUCUCAUGGAUGCUGACCCACAUGGUAUUGAAAUAAUGUGUAUCUACAAGUAUGGUUCGAUGUCUAUGUCAUUUGAAGCCCACCACCUCACGGUUCCAGCUAUAAGAUGGCUUGGCCUCCUUCCAUCCGAUUUUAACAGGUUGAAUAUACCUAAGAAUGCAUUGAUUCCAUUGACUAAGCAAGAUGAAAGUAAACUGGCCAGCUUGCAGAUGAGACCUUAUAUUGCCUACCAGCCAGGGUGGAAAACAGAACUAGAUAUCAUGGCAACAUGUAAAAUGAAGGCUGAAAUUCAGGCUUUGACUUCUUUUUCAUCUGAUUACCUUUCCAAGGUGUAUUUGCCAAAUAAGCUGCAGUUUGGCGGGUGGAUAUGAAUGUUCAGACAAACUUUCAAAGUUUCAUGAGAUAAAUUGAGUUAAGAGUUGUUAAGACAGACCUUAUAAAUUGUAAAUCAUUCUACAUGACAAAGUGUGAAGAGAUAUUUACAGUUUGGAUGUUUUAGAAUGUGCCUGUGAAUUAGUUUUCAUCUUUGAAUUUUUAUCCUCAGUUGGGAAAAAUAGUUGUUUCCUAAUUUCACAAACACUUAAACUGCUGAACAUAAAACUAAAGGGGGGAACAUGUUAAGAUGUAUAUUUAACACUUAAUUACUUCUCACAAUUCUACCCUUAAAAAAAAGAUAAUAGUUGGAUAGUUAUCACUAUGUUGGAUACUUUCUCCAGCUAUCCCCACAAACUGGUAUAGAUUAACAAUUUAAAAUUAAAAUGAUUCAAAUUUAAAUCCUAGCUUUUAAAAACCAUUACAGUAUUUCCAUUAUGUCAGUCUUUUAACAAGUUAAAAGAUAUAUUUUUUUCUAGUUUGCCAUCUUUGUAAACUCAGAAGUGACUGGAAAAUAAAGAUGAACAUUCUUCUUAAGAAGAAAUAUAAUGGGCAAAAUCCCAUUAUAUAACUACGCAUAUGCAACUCAAGCUUAUACUUGCAGUAGUUAUGACAGCACCCAGGCAGAAGUACUACCCAUGAAGCAUUUCUGCUGGCACACUUCACAACUGGUAGCAUUGGGGACGCACACCCUGCUGCAAUUGUGCAAUUUCUGUUGCCAGGAACAAAGCCUGGAUAUUAUAUUUGUAUUAUAGGUGAAAACAAAAUAAAAAGAAAGGGUUAAAAAA